UUUAAAUAUCUAUUUUAAAGCCUGCGCUUGCACAACAAGUGCUGCUGCUGAUCUGUGUUCAAUGAAUGAGUUGUGCCCAACCAAUGACAGGUUACUACCAGGAAGCCACUCUUAUUAAAGGAGCCGCAGACUUGCAUUUGAAACACAGAUUCAUCUCUUCACAAGGUGUUGCUGUAGCCCCAGCUCGCGUUCAUGGAUUGCCCACAGCAGCUGGCCGGGGGAAGCAAGGCCGUGGUACCGAGCGGGGCCGGACCGGGCAGGGUCCCCGGCUCUGCGGGCGGAGACGCGGGCGUCUGGAUGAACGGGCACCCGGAACCGGCGGCGGCGGCGGCAUCGGCGGCUCCCUGGAAAGAAGAGCGGACUCGCAGCAUCGAGGACGAUCAGAUGAACCUGCCCAGCCUGCAAGCCGCUUACUCGGCUAUCCUGAGAGGAUUGGGCGAGGAUCCGGACAGGCAGGGGCUGCUGCGGACGCCGUGGAGAGCGGCCACCGCCAUGCAGUUCUUCACCAAGGGCUACCAGGAGAAUAUCUCGGAUAUUGUAAACAAUGCCAUAUUUGAUGAGGACCAUGAUGAGAUGGUAAUAGUCAAGGACAUUGACAUGUUUUCCAUGUGCGAACACCAUUUAGUCCCAUUUAUUGGAAAGGUUUCAAUUGGUUAUAUACCAAACAGAAAAGUUGUAGGAGUGAGCAAGUUAGCCAGAAUUGUUGAGAUUUACAGUAGGAGACUUCAGGUCCAAGAGCGUCUCACCAAACAGAUUGCUGUUGCAAUCACAGAAGCUUUGCAGCCUGCAGGAGUAGGAGUUGUAGUUGAAGCAACGCACAUGUGCAUGGUGAUGAGAGGAGUACAAAAGAUGAACAGUAAAACGGUAACAAGCACGAUGUUAGGUGUUUUUCGAGAGGACCCAAAGACCAGAGAAGAGUUUCUGACUCUUAUCAGGAAUUGAAAUUCACAUCCUCGAUCGAACUUAAUUAAAUAUUUUGGAUGUUUAUAGAUGUUCGGUAAAUGCUUUGUAUUGUAAGAGGGCUAAAUGUGGGAUUCAGAUGUUCUUUUAAUCACAUUCAUUGAAUAAUGUACCUGUAUCAAAACCUCGAAUCGAUAACAUUUUAGUUUUAUAACUAAGACUUUCAAAAACAAAACAGCUUUGCAUCUGAUGCAAUUAAAUAAAGAUUUAUAACUGUAAUUCUAGUGUAACAAUUUUAAAUAGUUUAUCCUGCCAUAUAUAAUAGUCCAAUGGACAAAUAAUCACAAGUAUAAAAUAGAAGAUAAACACAAAAUGCUGGAUUAAUGAAUGGGUGAUGUUUCGGGGCGAGACCCUUCACAUGUUUGAAUAAGGGUCUCGAUCCAAAACGUCACCUAUUCCUUCUCUCCAUAAUUGCUGCCUGUUCCGCUGAGUUACUCCAGCAUUUUGUGUUUAUCUUCGGUGUAAACCAGCAUCUGCAGUUCUUUCCUACACGAGUACAAACUAAAUAUAUUAAAUGUAUUCAACAUCAGUUAAUCCUUUCUUCCCUGCACAAUUCACAUACCUUUUCUUUGGUCCUAUGAGAAUUUUUUAACACUGGAAUAAGAUUGCCUCUUAUUCUACUCAUCCCCACUGAAUAUAGUCCAAGCCAUUUGUCCUCAGCAACAACCCUUUCAUCCCAGGAAUCUACCUUAUUUUCAAUACCACUCUGUAUUCUACAUCUUUCCAAGAGUAGGGACCAAAUUGCUACUCCCAAUGUACUUUUUCCAAAGCCCUAUCCAAUUUAUAUCAGAAUUCCUUAAAUUUGUACUCCAACCUCAAUAUCCUUAAUUACACUCUUGCAAUAAAGUCUAUCAUUCUUAUUCCUUACUCCAUUGCAAGCCGACCCUGAGGACAAAUGAUAGCCUUGAACAGCACGUUGAUAAAGUAACAUGCGAUGGACAGGACAAUGUUUUCAAUAUCCUCAAUGAGAUCACGGUUAGAAAAAGGGGUUGUGAUCGGUGGAAAAAAGAGAAUAUCUUCUUUGAGAGAGGGAAGAGAUAAAAAUGGGGAAGGUACAGUUGACUUGGAGAAAAAAAACAAGAAAUGGUGGACGAUGAUCUGUUAUUAACAUUGAGAGAUUUAACUUUGCAAUCUACCAUAAUGUGAAUAAGAACAUGGAUGGCCAAAAUUCAAGAAAAUUGAGAUAUUUAAAUAAUUACAAAUUUCCUGUUUUGAUCUAAGGACCAACCAGACAAGGCAAUUUAGUUUGCAAGGCAAUUAUAAUGAAGCAUAUUUAUCUUGCAGUAAUUAAAUGUGAUAUUCUGAACAAGGCACAACAGAAGCAAUCAUACAAACUUGGGUUAUGAAAUCACAUGUUAAGGAUAUUAACAAGCUUAAUGAAAUAGAAUGAAAUUAUUUUGAUGCCUGUCUUUAAUGGUAGUGCUAAACAUUUUAAAAUACUGAUCAUGCCUCUUAAAAAGCAGGAAUAAUAUAGAAAUACAUUAAGCAGAUGUAUAUAUUAAGAUUCCAAAUCCAUAUGAUAAUGAAGACUUUAAAUGCUAUUUAUAAAACAAGAAAAUUAUGUCAAAGUAUAAAGAUGAACAUUUUAUCAGUAUCAUUUAAAACCAAAUACUUGCAAAUCAACUUUUUGAUUAUAGUUAUUUUUAAUAUACAAACUAUACUUGAGCAUAAACUAAUUUCUUGGAGUCAGAGUACAAUAUUGUGUAAGUGUGAGUGUAUCAUUGGAUAAUUAGCAUUUAUGUAAAAAAUAUAUUACUUUUUAAAAUGGAUCCAAUUUAUUAUUAAGCUAUGAAGAAAAAUUGUCAAUUUAGGAACCAAUUAAUUUAAGUAUAUUUAUACAAUGAAGAAGGUCUAAAAUGAGUUCUGAUGGUCAUUUUUCUCUUUUUGUUAGGCCGUUGAAUCUUUUU